AUGAAAGUUUCAAAUCAUGGUCAGCCAUUCGAUGUGUGUGAUAGGUUGUUGGAAAAUCAUGGUGGAAAACAUCACCAUCUUGUAGUGGAUAAUUACUACACAAGCCUUCCACUGUGUGAACAUAUGCUGGAUAAACAGAUAUAUGUGACUGGUACUGUCAGGUCAAACCGUGUGGGACUGCCUGACCCUAUAAAGAAAACUUUGAAACAUAAAGGUGAUAUGGUUUGCCAACGCAAAGGACAGAUUUUGGCAGUAAAUUGGAUGGACAGAAAACAGGUCAGGCUUUUAUCUACUAUUUCAAAUGCUGGAACAGUUGAAAAAGAAAAUCAUAACAAGGUAAAGAAGACUGUACCCAAUGUCGUUAUUGACUACAAUGCCGGUAUAGGUGGUGUUGAUAAAUCUGACCAGAUGACAGAUCAAUAUUCUUGUGAACUAAGAAGUAGAAAAUGUUGGAGAAAGAUUGUGUUUCACUUGCUUGAUAGAACCCUUACAAAUGCCUACAUCUUGUACAAGGAAAAUUCCAACAUACAAGGAAUUCCUAUGACACACUUGAAAUUUACCAUAUCAGUUGUAGAGGGACUUAUUGGUGGGUAUGAGGAGCCACACAGGAAGGUAGGCAUGCCAAGUAUUGGUGAUCCACUGGCAAGAAAGUCAGCCAGGCAUUUCAUCAGUAAAAUACCAGAUGGCAAAAGAAGGAAAUGUGCAGUUUGUGCCAAAUCUAGACAAUCUGGUUUAGGUUACCAAGGAAGCAGAAUUGGUACGUGGUGUAAGGACUGUGGAGUUGGGCUGUGUCGCAAUCAGUGCUUUGAAAAAUACCACAAAUAG